AUGAGGGUAGUAGUGAUCGAUCCCGCGGCAGUGCUCAAGCUGGCCCUGGGCUUCCUGUUUUUGUAUUACGGCCUCAUAUGGGUUCUUCCCUUCACCGAGAGGGGUCUAGAUGCCUGGUGGAUAGGACACACUAGCGGCGGCUCAGCUCGUGGACGUGGCCUUCCCACACCUCUGGUACAAGGCGAGCUGAGGUUGCUACCAGAUGGUGACGACCGAAUUCGCGAUGGUGCCAACCGCAGCGAUUAUUAUCAUGACUUCAACAUGGUCAAUGUCCUCGACCGCAUUACCAGCCACCCCCAACGUUUCCUCAAGGCUCGCUAUGUCACCACGGCACGCAUUCUAUCGGAAGAAGUCACGGCGCCGGACUUUACAGAUAUAGCCCGGUCGCCACCGUCCAACAGGACGGCUGAUCUUAUGGGCUGGCUGAGGGCAGACACGUACAGUAUCUGUAGGACCAUGAUGCAAGGAACGAAGCAGACGAUUUUUACGCUUGCACAGCAGGAGCGUUCGUGUGGCGUAACCGAUCCCGCAAGCCAGCAGCCCGCCGAAAAUGACGCCGCCGAACAUGCUGGUCCCCAGGACAUACGCUGCUCUGCAGAGGCCGCAAACAAACGCGAUAGACUCCUGCGUUCGGCUCGGAGCUUUGAAGAAGAGAUGAAGCCUGCUUGUAAUCAGAUCUGGUCUGUCCUCCGGGAGAGCAAGACCGCCAGCCGCAGCAACGCUUUUCAGAGGGGGUUGCUUAAGGAGGUCAAGGCGGCGAUGACCGACAUGGAGGCAGAGCUCAAGCUCCUCCGCGACAUUGUUUUGAUCCUGUUUACUGCCGAUAUCGCCACGCACAGCCAGCCCGAGCGACUUAUGCAGCACCUGCGCCGCAGGGGAGAAAUUGGUGGCGUGCAGCUUGAGGUGCUGGCAUCGAGGGCGGCAACAGGCUACCCUGGCGACCUCGAUUCGUUCACAGCCGUUUUUCUGCACAUUCUGCGUGGCACUAAUCUCAUAGACUCGCCAAAUGAGUUGCCAAAGUUCGGCAUUUGGGCUGAUCCGCUGUUGUCGUCGAUGACCCCGUCGCAAUGGCGCAACCGGUGGAUCCGAGUGGAGCUUGAAUCGCAGACGCGCAUAGUCAAUACCACUUCGGAUAUGCUUGCCUCAGCCAUCCUGCCAGGGGCACGCGAGUGGUUGAUCUUACUGAGAGAGGUCAACAACACUGAGGUUUUCGAGACGACCAGCAACGGCUACGACGCUACGGACGAUGAGGCUUCACUUUUCGACUGGGACUGGGACUGGAACAGGCACUCAUGGGCUGACCCCAAUAAGGCAGACCGCAUGGUCAAGGCGGUCGAAGACGGGGCGGAUCAUCUGAAAUUCCUCAGGGGCUACCUCCUCCAACUUCGAGAUGGCUUGCCAGGCAUGCUGAACCGCCUGGACCGGUGGGACGAUGAGGUGGUCCAGCUGGCCGACGAUCUGACAACGGUGCUGUCGUGGGGAAAGAGAUACACAGGACUCAGCACGAGGACUCGUAUAAUAGGGUUCAAGAAGAAGGCCAUGAGGGAACAGAAGUUUGCUGUUUGCUGA